GGGAUCACGUCAUGUCGGAUUCCCGGGCGCCCGGCGCCGGCUCCUGUCUGGGCCGGCGACCCCUCAGGAGGUCCUGGUGCGAGCUGCUGGAGGGAAGAGUUAAAAGGCAAAAAUUCAAUCCCGAAAGGGAACAGAAGUUAAAGGAAGCAGCAUUGCACCUGCUGAGAAGCCAUCAAAACUUAGAUGACCUUCUGCUUGAGGUAGAAGGUCCACAGUGUAAAAAAUUGUGUCUCAGCAAAUACAUUGAUUGUGACAGUUCUGAGGCCUACAGUAGUCCUUCCACUUCAUUUAUAGGCUCUGCUUUGCAGGAUCAAGCCUCGAGGCUGGGGGUUCCAGUGGGAAUCCUGUCAGCCAGGAUGGCUGCCUCUAGCAUUGGAGAGAUAUGUGAGACCACAGGGCUAUCCAGUCCCACUGUGCUGCUCAACUUGGAGCAGAGGAAGAAACUGUCUUCCUUAAUAGAGACUGCUCAGUAUUUAUUGGCAAACAGUAUGUUCUGCCGUCUCUCCUUCUGUCAAGAAUUAUGGAAAGUGCAGAAGCCUUUGGCGCUUGAAGCUGUGUGGCAUCUUCAUAUACAAAAUAUUGUGAGCCUACAAGAGCUGCUGGAAAGGCACUCGGACAUGCAGGCCCUGGUGGUCUGGCUGUGCAGGAAUCUGGGCCUUCUGUGUGAGCAGAUGGAAGCGCCAAGCCCAUCUGCUGAUGUCGCCAGAGCUGUGCUUGCUGAUUUUGUGCGGAUGUUUGUUUUGAGGGGAUUUCAGGAAAACUUGGAUCUGAAAAGAAAUGUGGAGCAGGAGAAGCUGCCCCAGGUCGCUGCCGCAGUUCUGCAGAGCCUGCUGAAUGCCUCCCUUGAAGCUCUGGCUGCUGGAGAGCAGGACGUGUCUGUGGCGCCUGGGCCCGCACAAUGCUGGCUCACUGUGUUCAGUGGACACAUGUACUGCAGUGUAAUCGCGACAGAGACCCUGAAGAGAUAUUUUAGCCACACCCUGAUGCAGAUACUCACCUAUAACCCCGUGCUGAAAGUGUCUGACGCCAUCCAGAUGCAAAGAGAAUGGACCUUUGUGAGGACCUCCCCUCUGCUCACCAGCCUGUACCGCAGGCUCUUUUCAGUGCUGAGUCCUGAGGAGCUGCUUGGCUGCAUGCAGGAGGUUUUGGACAUGCACGAGGUGAACUGGCGGCAUGUGCUUUCCUGCAUGUCCACCCUGGUCGUUUGCCUCCCAGACGCGCAACAGCUAGUCAGAGACUGGGUGGCCCGCCUGGUGGCCCACGCGUUUGAGAGCUUUGACCCGGAGAGCUUGGUCCCUGCCUUCCUGAUCAUACGCCAGGCUGCACUGGAAGGCCCCACCAUGUUCCCGCCUUACACGGACUGGUUCAAGGCCACCUUUGGCAGUGCCCGUGGCCCCCACAGCCGCAGCAAGAAGGCCCUAGUGUUUCUCUUCACGUUCCUGUCGGACCUUGUGCCCUUUGAGCCCCCCCAGUACCUGAAGGUGCAUCUGCUCCACCCACCCCUGGUCCCAGAGCGGCUGCGUCCCCUGCUCACCGACUACAUCGCACUGGCCCGGACGCGAAUGGCCGACCUCAAGGUUUCUAUAGAAGACAUGGGGCUCUAUGAGGACCUCUCAUCAGCGGGCAGCGCCACAGAGCCCCACAGCCAGGCACUCCAGGACGUCGAGAAGGCUCUUGAGGUGUUCACGCACACGGGGAGGAUCCCGGUUGCUGUGAUGGAGGCCAGCAUAUUCAGGAGGCCCUACUACCUGUCCCACUUCCUCCCUGCCCUGCUCACGCCGCGUGUGCUGCCCAAGAUCCCCGACCCCCGUGAGGCCUUCAUCGAGUCCCUAAAGAGAGCAGAUAAAAUUCCUCUGUUUCUGUACUUGGACUAUCGCCAAGCCUGUUCCACUGCUGAGGAGAAGAAACAAGAAACCCCCGUAGAAGAGGCCGAGCCCAGCUGUGCCAGCGGAGCCCUGGGCGCACUUGAGGCUGCGCUGGGAGGGCUCAGAGCCGCAAUGGUGGACCCUGUGCGGCAUGACGUUGUGUCUGCCCACAUUGCCACGAUCUCUGAAAAGCUGCGCACUGCCCUGGACCCCAGUGAGGACAGCGUCAAGGUGCCAGAGAUCCAGCUUCAUGUUCCUACUUCAGAGCUCGGGAAGCCCGAGCAGGUGUGUGUGGGGUUGUGGGUGCAGUGGGCCGUGGGCCUACUGCUCACCUGCUUCUGCCAGAGCCUUGUGGCCGCCUCCAGCUUCGCCCCCCUGCAGAGGCAGGGACCCUGGGCAGCACUCUUCGUGAAGCUACUAUGUGGGCGUGCACUCUUGCCUGCAGUGCUGACACGUCUGUGCCAGCUGCUACUUCACCAGGGUCCCUGCCUGAACACCCCCCACCUGGUGGGGCUGGCUGCGCUGGCUGUCCACCUGAGCGAGUUGGGGCCAAUGCUGCCACACGUGGACGUGGGCCUACCCUCCUCUGCUCAGGGGUUCUCUGUGGCCUCUUUCCUGGAUGGCCUGCUGCCCUGCAGGACCGGGAAGUCCCUGCUGUUUUGCAUGAGGUUUUGUACGGCGGCGAUAUCUUAUGCUUUGUGCAAAUCUCCCUCCGGAUUCUGUGCUGCUCCGCACGACCGUUUCUCUCUAGGCCUUGUGAAGAAGUUCCAGUUUGUUGUGUUGAGACUGUUCUCUGAAGCCCGUGAGCCUCCCUGUCUGGAUGUCACCAGGGACCUUCUCUGGAGGCCCCUGUGCCUGCCUUCCACAGACUGGACAAGGGCCGCCCUCCGUCUGUGGAGACACAGGACGUUCCGAGAACUGCUGAAGGAGAAGGAAUUUCAGUUAACUUACAGAGACUGGCUGCAGUUGGAACUAGGAAUUCAGCCUGAAGUUGAUAUUCUUUCAGACAUAGAGAGGCGAGACUUCCACCAGUGGGCAAUCCACCAGUGCUACCUGCCUGAGCCCGCGUCCGCGGGGGGCUGUGAUGGAGACCUGGAGGUGGCCUGUAGCAUCCUCACUGAGGCAGUGAUAGACUUCUUUCAGAGCUCACGGAGUUAUGACCACCUGGAGAAUUCUGAUUUGGUUCCCGGAGGCCGCGCAGUAAAUCAGGAUAUUCUUUCCAGAUUGCAGGAAAUGGUUGCUGAGCUGGAGCUGGGACGGAGUGGUGCAGCACGAGGACACUUCCUCUUCCAGAUUUUCUGCAGGCGGCUGCAGGCGCUGGGAAACAUGUCGACAGUGGCCGCCCACCUGCAGAGGCAGCGGGAGCUGCUCCUGCACAAAAGGAUACUCCUCGGCCUGCCUCCCAGCAUGCUCUUCACCAGCCUCCAAGGGCAGCCAGCUGCUGUGGACUGUGAUGAGUUCUUACACUUCGUCAACUCCGAGCUGAGAAAUUUCUCCCAUGGAGGUGCUCUGACCCACGACAUCACUGCACACUUCUUCCGGGGGCUCCUGAGCACCUGUCUACGUGGCCAAGACCCCCCUUUGCUGGUCAACCUAACCCUUGCCACCUGCCAGACUGAGUGCCCAAUAAUCCUGACCUCUGCCCUGCUGUGGUGGCCGUGCCUGGAACCGGUGCUCACGUGCCAGUGGAAGCAGCACUCGCAGAGCCCACUGCCCCGAGCAUUGCAGCAGCUGGCAGAGGCCAGGGACCUGGCCAAGAGCUUCCUCUCCCUGGACACCACCCUACCCAUUCCUCGCCCCACCUGGGUUUUUGCGGCCUCUUUGCAUUUUGCCAUCCAGCAAGCCCUGAGAGAACAGGGCAGGAGGGAGCUGAAGAGGCUGGACUUCGAACGAGAGGAGGUGGUGCUGUUCCUCUUCUUCUUUUCUAUGAUGGGUCUGCUCUCAACAUACCUGGCACCCAGUGAAGCCAUUGACCCUCUGAAGACAUUGGACGUUUGUGCGGAGAUCCUUGAGUGUCUGGAGAGGAGGAAGGUGCCCUGGUUAGCACUCUUCCAGUUGACAGAGACAGGAGCUGGGCUAGGCCGGGUCCUGCUCCGCGUGGCCUCUGACCAACACAUCAGGCUGCUGCCGCUCGCCUUCUUCAGUCUGCUCCCCCGCCUUGACCCCAACGCCCUCAUCAGGGAGGCUGCCUUCUUGCAUGUCGCCGUUGACAUGUACCUGAAGCUGAUCCGGCUCUUUGUGGCUGGGGAGACAAGCACUCUCCCGACUUUGGCAACCCAGAGCCAGCAGUACCAGAACCAGGACGACCCACUGGGGCUAAUAACAAAGGCGCGUCUCUUCCUACUGCAGUCCAUACCUCAGUGCCCGGAAAGGUGCUUCUUGAACAUGACAGAGUUGCUGGCCACUGGCAAGGACCUGGACCCAGAGGUGAGCGCCGCCCUCCAGAAGAGGCAGCAGGCUCCGCCCAACCUGGACCCAGACCUGUACGGGGAGCCCCAGCUCUUCUGACUGGACCUGGGGAGGGUGGGGCUGCCCACCAGCCUGGCUGCUGUGUAAAUAAUUUAUUGUGAGCACA